AUGCUGGGCCUCCUACCACAGCCAAAGAUGCAGGCCGCAGAGGCCACCAUCAUCACACUGUGCGAUCGUUUGGCACAUUCCACAAUGCUAGAGGAUCGAAGAGCUGCCAUUCUCAGUUUGAAGGGCUUUGCGCACGACAAACGUGAACUUGUCGCUUCAAACGGGAUCAAAGGGUUGAUCAAUUCUCUGAAGCAGGAUAAAAACGACCCAGAAACAAUUCGAGCAUGUUUGGAAACCCUGAUCAUUCUGUUUAUCAAGGCCUCAAGCAUCGACAGUGAUCUGUUGGAGCUGUCGCGCCGAGCAAGGCAAAAGAAUAAGCGCUACGUGUCUCCGCUUAUUUCGUCGAGGAAGGCCCAAAAUGAAGUGUUCACGGGACCCGUAGAUGAUAUUUCUCUCUGGCUCACGGAUGAAUUCACCCACGAUAAUGGGAACGUUGUAGCACUCCUGGACUUUGCUCAAUCUAAAGAUAUGUUUACCUCGCUCUAUGCGAUGCAAUUGCUCUCAGCUAUGGUUGCAAGUCGUCCAGACACGAUCAAACAAAGCCUGUUUUCGGUACCUCAGGGAAUUUCUACACUUGUCGCUGCUAUGGAGUCGAAAUAUGAAAUGGUUCGCGAUGAAGCUGUGCUGUUGCUGUUGCAUUUGACAGAUAACCAUCUUGAGUUUCAGAAACUUGUGGCUUUUGAAGGUGCGUUCGACAAGCUGUUUACAAUCAUCGAUGACGAAGGUGAUAUUUGUUUCGGCGGUGUCACAGUUGAGAACUGUUUAUCCUUGUUUUCAAACCUCCUGCAAUAUAAUGUUUCGAACCAGAAACUGUUCAGUGCUACGCAGGGUAUCGUCAAGUAUGCAUCUAUGAUAGAUACCGGAGAUGAGGCAAACUGGGGUGAACAAGCUACCAGCAAUAUGACAUUAGCUCUCCAAUUGGCCCGUUUGUUUGUUGUUCCAGGAGGUGAAGCAACCCGAAUGCACCAAGACUCUUUCGCGCAGGCUGGGGUGCUUUUGACUGUGCUCAAGCUCGCAUUUGGACCCGCAACAAGUCUGCCGAUUCGCACUGCCUCUCUUUUAACCGCUUCUUCUCUGGUAUAUGAGAACCAAGCCCGUCAAGAAGAGCUCCUUGGCAUUGAUGUACCAUAUUAUGAUUUGAGCUUGUCUUUGAAUGUCCAAAUGACGCCCAACAUAGUUCCAGUUUCCCAAGCGCUUCUUAAUUGGGCACUGCUCUUGCCUUCACAUUACCUUUUCACACUAAGAGCAGCUUCUCAGUUCUGCUUAACUGCAGCAUUUGAGGGUAACGAGGACGCGGCUCGUCGUUUUGUUGAUGAGCAAGUUGCCGGCUUGAAGAAAGCUGAAGAAGACUCUUCAAGGGCGAACAUUUUCACUACCUUGGCUGAGUACAAUGAGGAUUGGGCACUAAACCCUUUCAAAGUGUGGUUUGCAAGCGUAAUUUUAAUGCGUAUCUUUUCUGUUUCCAACGACCUAAAGGACUAUAUUCGUCAAAUCACCAUUGGAGAUGCCGAGCUAGGACAAGAUGAGCUCCCGAUCAUUCAGGCAGUUUCAGGCCAGCUUCUCACUAGUCUCGACCAUGAAGAUCCUACGAUUAGUCUAGCAUAUCUCAUGCUGCUUUGUACAUGGCUUUUCGACGAUAUACAAGCAGUUAAUGAUUUUGUUGCCGAGCGUUCUGUUGUUCAACAACUUGUUACCUAUGUUACAACUAACAAUGGUGGUAGCGGCCAUGUUUUAGUGGGAUCACUCGCUACAAUCCUAUUGGGUAUUGCAUAUGAUUUCUGCUCCUCGACAUCGCCGAUAACUCGAGUCGAUUUCUACCAUCUGCUCACCAACACCCUUGGCCGUGACCAAUAUACUCUUUCGUUCCAGCGGUUCCGGGAGAACCCUGAGUUCAAGGACUUCGAUCCGAGCUUGAUUUUUAGCGCCGCCAAAGGUCCCAAUGGCUUGCCCAAGGUUUAUUUUGAGUCAUUAUUUAUCACUCUUGUUCGUGACAAUAUCAAUCGUAUUCAAAGAGCCAUUGAUAGAGACCCCACUGUGGAGCCUUCUUCACGUAUAUCACUUGAAAUGUAUGAAGAGCUCAAACUUCAACUAAUUGCCAAAGAGAAAGAGUUCAAAGAACAAGAGUAUGAGCGUUCGCAAAAAGAAGAAGCGCUCGUCGCUAGUGAAACUCAGCUCAAAGCUGAACUUGAGCGGACAUCUGAAGCUCUCAAAACUCUGGAAGAGUCACACUCUACUAUUAGUGGGGACUUUGAGAGUCUUCAAAGUACUCAAGGUGCUUUUCAAGCCGAGCUGUCCUCUUUGAAGUCCGACCACGAGAAACUUUCUGCAGAGCAUAAGGAGAAGCUUGAAGCGCUUAGCUCUACCCGCCAGAAACUUGCAGAAAUUGAAGCAAAGCAUGCCAAAACUUCUCAACAGAUUGCCCAACUUACUACUGCAAAAGAAAAAGCUGAAGAUGGAAUUAACAAGGUAACACGUGAGCUUUUUUUGUUAAACAAAGAAGGUGCUGGAGAUGUGAAGAAGCUGCGUGACCAGCUUGCCAACCAAACUUCCCAGCUCGAGGUAGCUACAAAGAAGUUAAACGAGACCACUAAUGCCUUAACCAUCGAAAAAAAGAACAAUUUCAAUCUUCAAAGUACGAACGAGAAGGUAAUCAACAAGUUGAGAGAGACUGCCGAAAUUCUACAAGCUGGUGAGCAACGUGAGACGGAUCUUCAAGAGCGUGUGAAUGAGUUGGAAACAGCGUUGAAGGUACAAGACGAGUCCAUGCGUACUCGUAUUGCCAGCUUAGAAAAGGAAAAUAAACUCAUGAGGGCCAAGCUUGAGAGCGCCAAAGGAUCUCAAAGUGGUCAGACUCCGGAGUCAGACCCCGUUCAUGCGCUGUUGGAAGAGAAGAUUACGUCUCUUGAAGCACAGCUAGUCCUUGCUAAAGCAGAACUCGAUACAGAGUCUUCUUUAGAGGAGGAACUUGAAGAAGCAACAAAAUCUCGAGACGAUUUUGCCAGUCAGCUGUAUCAAGCUCAAGAGAAACUCAAACAGUACGAGUCCCAAAGUCAGCAUCAAAGUGAAGCGCCUGCCGAUAUGUCCACGACAACGGCAGAACUGCAGGCUAGAGUUUUAGCACUAAAAGCUGAGCUCAACGACAAGACGAAACUGUCCGGCAGUAAUGAUGAUCUUACACCUCAGGUUGAAAAACUCACCUCACAACUUGAGGAGAGCAAUUUGAAACUGUCAGACAUGACAGCAAAAUAUGAAGAGCUUUCUAAAUCACUAAUGGGUGCGAAAGGUGAAAGUUCAAAUCUGAAAGAGACUAACAGCUCUGCGUUACAAGCCACGUUGGAACAAACCAAGAGUGAGCUUGAUGAAGUCCGCAAAGAACUUCAUCGUGCCCAGGCUGAACUUGAAAACUCUCAAGUUGAAGUUUUAGAUGAGAAUGAUAUUUCAGAUAUUCGGAAUGCGUUGCUCGAAUCUCAAACUAGAGCAGAAAAAUUCCGAUUGGAGGCAGAGUCUGCUCAGCUGGAGCUCUCUAAUCUCCAAGAACCAAGGAGUGAAAACAAUGCUCCUGCCGAGAUGAUAGCUCUUGAAACCAAGUUCAGCGAACUGCAAUUGCGCUUUGACCACGUUUGUCGCGAAGCUAAAGAAGAUCUGGAUGCUGUACUGCUGCUUCUCGAAAACGCCGAAAUCAAGAUUGCUGAAUAUGAGAAACUUCUUGGCAGUCUUGGUCAAGAUGUGCCACCUACUGAGUCUGAAAUCAGGCCUGAAGUCGAAUCGAGCGAGUCUUUGUUAUAG